AAAGUCAUCGACUUAACAGAUGUCACACAAGACUACAAGACACAGUUCCUUCCGCGGGAACUGUUUGCCAUUAAGAAACUUCGCCACCGAUUUAUUGUCACCACAUUUGACUCGUUCUUCGUGUCCACCCGUGUCUUCAUUGUGAUGGAGUUGGCGACCGGCGGUGACCUCCAGGACAUGAUCGACAAACUCAAGCGUCCCGUCGAUGACAGUAAAGCCCGCGUUAUCUUCAGACAAGUGGCCGAAGGACUGAAUUACAUCCAUAACGAGGGCGUUGUUCACCGCGACCUCAAGUGUGACAACGUUUUGCUGUUUGAUGACCAGAAAGUGGCCAAAUUGACUGACUUUGGGUUCGCCCGCACCUCAUAUCUCUCGCCCACCGGUCAAAGUGUUUUGGUGGCGACCACUUGCGGGACUCAAGAGUACUGUUCCCCUGAGUUGUUAAGUAAUCAUCCUUUUAAGCCGAAGCCCAACGACUGCUGGUCUCUCGGAGUUGUCCUAUACGUGAUGACCACCCGUAAGACUCCCUUCCCUUUGAGACAUCAGAGGCGCAGACAAUUGAAGAAGAAGUACUCAAAGACUGGCAUUACUAAUGAUGACUGCAAAGACCUGAUCCAGAAGAUACUCGAACCCGAGGUUAGCCGUCGGUUAACCAUUGGCCAAAUACUCGCCCAUAAAUGGAUUUGUAAUAUAAUUGUGUAA